AGGGGGAUGCAUUAACACAUUAAAAUAUUAUCUUGAACAUAUACCAUGCCGAAAUGCUAAUUCAUGCCCACAUGUGCAUGUUGAGGUUAUGUAUGAAGUGCAAGUCCAAUUAGAAAUCUUUGAGCAACAAAAAGAACUAAAAAAGAGGCAAAGAGAGAUGGCAGCCAUUGGUGGAACUGAAGAUUCUUCUUCCAUUGCUCCAUUUCAUUUUUCUUCGGUUAAUGGUGGUUGUAGUGUUAGCAUGGGGCCUAGAGUUUGUGCAUCUAGGUUAGAUUCAUAUAUUUUGCCACACACCGCUCCAAGUUCCCAAUUGUCAAUUGAGAGCACGGGUUGGAACAAAGAUAAACAUGAUGUAGCUAAAAGUGCAAUUGGAGACGUUUGGUUCUGUUGCAACAUUCCAUUCCAUGCAGAUAGGUCUCCUUAUUGGCAAAACAUGGUUGAUGCCUUUAUUGUUUGCGACACAGAGUUCAAAGCCCCAAAUGAUGAGGAGAUAAAAGGCUCCAUUUUGUCACCAAAGGUGGUUGAUAUGAAAGCCCCAAUAGAGUAGUGGUGAGAGAUAUGGGGGAUGACAGGUUGCACCAUCAUGAUUGAUGGUUGGGUAGAUAGAAGAAAUAGAAUGUUGCUAAAUUUUCUUGUUUCUUUCUUAGGUGGCAUAGUAUUCAUCGAAUUUAUUGAUGCUUCAGGAAACCCCAAAAAUGUUGAAUUCCUUUGCGAAGGUUUGGAAGGAGUCUUGGCUAAGCCUUCACUUUCUUUAUGGGAAGAAUUUUGAACGAGCUAUGCGGAUAUUAGAUCAAGGUGGUGUAAAGCUCAUAAUUGGUGAACCCAGCAACCGUUCAGUUUUCAUGGUUGCCGGAGAAUCAAAAAACAAGGAUCAAUAUAUAUGUUUCCCAGAGCACCACUGUACAUGCUAUUCCUUUUUUUAUGAGACUGUUAAUAAAGCAGAACAAUUAUGUUGCAAGCAUCAGCUGGCAGCAAAAAUGGCAGAUGCACAUAAAUUAUACAAGGAGGAAAAAAUUUCUGAUGAACAGCUGGCAUUACUUUUGAUUCAACAUUGAAAACAGGUGUAAAGGGAAAAGCGGAAAAUAGGUUAGCCAGUUCAUGAUAAAACAAGCACAGAAAAAAUAAUUUUCUCCUAGCUCAGAUUGUGCUACUAAGCCAACGCAGUGUUAAACCUGAUAGUUAUCACCCUUGCACUUUUUUCUACACAAUAUUAAGAGAGGAAAAAAAGAUGAGGCUAAAUAGAUCUGUUGAAUUUCUACAACAGAAAGGUUUAAUGCCAGUUUCCUUGAAAAAAAAUUCACCACAUUUUGUCAUGUGAAUUGAGGAUAUAAAUGAUAUAAUUAUGAUGAACCAUAAAGAAUAAUGCAUCUUUUGGAAUCAACAAGUGUAUGUUUAAAUUCA